AUGUCAACAUUCCUGCUUGGUGCUAGACAACAGGAGAGAGACAACAUUCACUUUGUCAUGCCUGGCAGUGUGACCAGGGAAACCUGCAUGAAAGUAACAAAGCCUCCACAAAAGAAAGAUGCUGAAGAUGUCCACAGCUGCACAGAAUGCACAUUUUCUGGCACUGUUGAUGAGUUCGUUGACCACUGGUACAAAUAUCAUUCAUCUGGACUCAGUUACCUGAGAUGCCCCAAAUGCCCCAAAACUUUCAGGAAGAAAGACUUUCUUCUGCUUCAUAUCAAGUAUCAGCAUCAACAGAAAGCAAUGAGAACUAAAAAAGAACCAGAAGACAUUAAGGAAAACUUUGAAGAGUCUCCAAACUUUAAUCUUGGAAGAAGUCUGCUUGAAAGGGUUUGUCAUGAAUUGCAAAGACAAGAAUUACCAAGAUCUGAGACGGAUAGACCACCAAUUUCAGAUAUUGGUUCAAGAAGUGCUGGAAACAGGUCUAUGCAGACAAUGCCUACAUCUUCAUUGAGUGCACCAUUGCUGUCUAGCCAGAAUGUGCCGUGGCCUCAGUUACCAAUACUUCCAUCACAACAUCCCGUUCCAAGGUCAGAUCCACCACUUCUAGUAUCCCAGGUGCCCACACCACAAGCAGUGCCUUUACAGGGGCAAGUAGCACCCUUCUACCCCGCCACUGUAUCUGUUCCCAAACCUGUGCCACCUCCUCUUAGACCUCCACCUCUUCUUACAUCACCACCUCUCCCUCAACCUGUCCCUCCGCCUGCUAUAGGAAGUCAGUCAUUUCCACCAGCAUAUCCUCAGCCACCUGUACCAUGGUUUUCAAAUACAUCAAAUACACAAACUUCUCCUCAAGCAGGUGCCGCAUUACAACUCCCACAGACUGGGCAAGUGAUCACUCAGUCUGUAAGUGUUCAGCCACCAGAGUUUGUAAUGGAACAACCACCUGUUGCUUCUCAGUCAGUAAUAAUACCAAGUGAAGAUCACAGUAGUAUCCCUGAACUUGAUGCUCAGGAUUUAAACGAUUUUGACACUGGCAAUGUGACAACUCAGGAAACGUCCCCUGAAUCUGAAAGUGAACCAGAGAUGGUAACUGAAAAGAAAGCAAAUGAUGAAUUGAGAAGAUCAGUCCAGUCUGGGUCAGUUCUUGCUCUGAGCCCAGAAUGGACAAAGACAUUGAAAAUUGCACAUCCCAAGAAGUCAUCUCUUGAAGAAAACACUUCUGAGAAAAAAUGUAGCUUCAAAACCCAAGUGAAAUUUGUUCCAAAAUUUGAUAGAACACUUCCAGACUCAAUCCGAAAAUUCCUACUUUGGAGUCACAUAAUGAUGGAGAGAUUAGAGGAUGCUAAUAUUAAAGUAAGAAGGGGACUUAAAGCAGAUGAAGGACAAGGUGAUGUAGCAGAAGGCGAUGAUGAUGAAGACCCUGAGGAAAUGUUGGAUUUUUCUUCAGAUGAAGAAACUGGUGGUGGAAAAAGUACUGCAGUUAAAGGAACAUUGAGUCAAGCAGAUGAGGAUAUGAAAGCAAGGGCACAAACUGUUGCUGAGAAAGUGGUUGCAGACUAUAGAAGUACGAACAGAUAUACAAAAGUCGCAUCAAAUAAAGGACAGUCUGGAAAAGGAGUGGGUAAACAAAGGAUGCUUGACAAACAGGUUUUAGGUCAGUUGUUUCACAAGUCCAUUGGCAUGAUAAAAUAUCUGUCUAAGAGAGCCAAUGUUGAUGCUGACUUAGUCCGCCAUGGUAUUUCAUGGGUCAAAAGAGACAUUAGAAAAAUGCUUGAACAAGAAAGGACAGUUAUUAAUGGUGAUUGGUCAAGGAAGGAACAUCAGCAGAGGACAGAUAACCGUGAUCUAAUAAGAGAUGAACAUCAGCGCUGGACAAAUAACUUUGGUUGGUCAAGGGAUGAAUUUCCUGACUUGCAGAUGCAUGACAGAGGUCAAGCGCAGUUCUUCGAGGACGAAAGAUUUUCUCAGGAGGAGUAUUUGGACUGUACAGAUGAUGACAGAAUAAGUUCUAGUAACUUUGCUGAUGGUGGUACCACAAAACCUUCAAAGAAACGUAGCAAAAAGAGAAAACGAUCCCGUAGAGGCAAUGAAAGAUUUUCUCAGGAGGAGUAUUUGGACUGUACAGAUGAUGACAGAAUAAGUUCUAGUAAUCCAGUGGAGAUGGUAGCCCUUUAG